AUGAUUGAGUCGAGCGGGGAAAAACCUACCAGUGAAUAUACAUUGAGGACAUCUAGUAACGAUAAGUCAUGUCUUCCCCAAGAAACCUCUGUUUCACUGUAUCGUCUCUUGCUUUGAUGAUUAUUUCUUUAACAGUUAUUUUAAAGAAAUGGCACUGUGGUCUCAGAGAGAAGGAUUUUGGAGAUGCUGCUCCAAGCAUGGAUUUAACUCCUGGGCGCAAAAGAUUACUUCAACAACUAAGAGAGCGUCAACAAGAAAUUGUUCCCUUCUACAUUACAUCGCAACAGGAGUUAUCAGAAAUGAAACCAAAAUUUUCAAGUGUUGACGGGGAACAUACUAAAAGGAAUAAAACGUUGUGGAAUGCAAAAACGUCUGGAUCGGACAUUGGAUGCAAUGAUUUGAGUGGCAUGACAGUUGUGGAUUUUCUUGGAGCUGGUUACACUAAAACGGUGUUAAAGGUCAUUUUACCGCAAGGAGUGUCUGUUGCUUUGAAAUCUGUAAAUGACCAAGGUACUGACAUGAGAUCUUGUCUUGAGGAUUUCAAAGAUCCCCGAGGCUGUCAAGAGCUCGUGUCGUUCAAACUGCGGAAAGAAAUCGUGUUACUGCAGAGGCUGCAACACCCUAAUAUCGUAAAGCUGAGGGGUCAGUGUCAGGACAGUGCCCUGGCAGGAGGGGUCAUGGCUGUGUUGGAGCAGGGGACCCCAGUGCAGAUGAUUCAGCUACUGCAGAGACCCUGGGAAGAGCGUUUUCGGGUCUGUCUUGGCCUGGUCCGACUCCUGCACUACCUGUCAAACUCCCCGCUAGGCUCUGUGGCAUUGCUGGACUUCCAGCCACGGCAGUUCGUCAUGGUGUCUGGUGAGCUUAAGCUCACUGACUUGGAUGAUGCCAACGCUGGGGAGCCGGCGUGCCAGGCCCACUCGGACUGCCUGCUGCGUUUUCCACUGCGCAACUUCACAGCACUGUGCUCGCCGCACGGGAUUUGCGAGGGCCUGAACGAGAUGAGGAACCUCUACAAUGCCUACAGAUAUUUCUUCAUUUAUCUGCUGCCUCAUCAGACUCCAGCAGCGCUAAAACCUCUCGUGGAUCAGAUAAUGAAUGCAACAGGGGAGUUGAAGCAGAGCAUUAACAAAACACUGGAGGUGUUUGAAGACAUUUUGCAUGUAUACAAGUCUGGGAUGUAUCUACGGAACAUGCCUAUUUCCAUAAUUAAAGAUUACGCUGUACUGAAAGGGAUUGGGACUGCCGGGAACAUGGAGUACAAAUGCUGGCUAUCAUACAGCCAUCAGGGCUGUGUGCUGUCUGUGUACAAUGCCACAGAGGCUGCCCUCAUCUGCAACUCGCACCCACAAUGCACCAGCUUCUCCGUUAGUGGCCAAAAGACAUGGACAGGCCGACUUCUUGCCUCCUUCAGAAGUGGCUUCAGCCAUCUGGUUCCAGAUGUGAGCUCAACGGUCUAUGUGAGGAGAUCCAAAGCCUCUGCAGCUGUGCUUUAAGGGAGAAAAGAGAGAGAGAGAGAGCCUGGGGGAUGGGGCAGAAGUCUAAAAUGAACGAAUGCAAUGUAUUUAUAGGCAUCCCACUCAAAAGUCUGUUUGAUCUGCCCGCCAGUCCUACACACUGCCAAGAGGUGUUUAAAAGGAUUUCCCUUCAGGUAUAAUUAUGCUCUCUGCAAGCAAAGAAACACCCAACUGUCAGUGGGCUUUUUUGUCUUUCUGUUGUAUGUGUGGUACAGUCUAUUGAAAGUACAUGAAGCCUAUUCUGCAGUCUACAGCAUGCAGAAAGAAACCAAGCACUUCUAUAGAUUUACUUUCAUGUUAAUAGUGCCUGAAGUCCCAUGGCAUUUGUGCUGAUAGUUGGCAAAUCUUAAGUGUAGUGUUCAACAGGCAAGAAAGUACUGAGACAAACAGCUGGGCCUGACCUGAGCUUUACUUCUGUGACUGCAUAGUUGUUGUAAGAUACUACAGCUGACUUUACUUUAUUCACUUUUUAUGGUCCCCCACAUUUCCAUCCCAUGGAUGUGAUGCUUUUGUUGUUCUUUCAGAGAAAGAGUUUGAGACUGUCUGUCCACAUCUGGAUGUUAGGCAGCAUAUGUAUUUGUGA